AUGCCGCUGCGAUGGUGGGACUGCCUGAUGCCCUCCCUGCUGCUCUGGGCCCCGGUGGCUCUGAUCGUGGUGAGUCGGCCUGUGCUCGGUGCUUGGACGGGACGGGCCCUCACGGCGGUGGGGUGGACCCUGUGGAGAGGCCUCUGUGUCCUGCUGCACUUACCCCUGCAGAAGACCCCCCCACAGACCUCCUCCUCUGGGACUGAGCUCCUGUUUAAACCUAGUUCUCUGGCCCAGCACCUGCUGCGUCACUGCGGGGCUCUGUCCAGGACCAGACUGGCCCCGUGGCCCCGAGGAGACCCCCACCUCCAGACCGUCCAGAGUCUGUGUGGACUGUCUACCCCUGCACUGCAAAAAAGGAUAACCUUUAAGUGCAGGGGUAGACAGUCCACACAGACUCUGGACGGUCUGGAGGUGGGGGUCUCCUCGGGGCCACGGGGCCAGUCUGGUCCUGGACAGAGCCCCGCAGUGACGCAGCAGGUGCUGGGCCAGAGAACUAGGUUUAAACAGGAGCUCAGUCCCAGAGGAGGAGGUCUGUGGGGGGGUCUUCUGCAGGGGUAA